UUUACUCUCAAUAACACGUAAUUAGAGUGACAGAGAAAAAUGCCCGCAAUUAACGAACCUUUCAAUUUUCGCGGUUAUAGCCCAGACGAGAUGAUCAAAUCUCCAAUUUAAUCACCAAUUUUAAAUUUAUGGUGAUAUUUGAGCACUCUAAAAAUGACCACAAACACGAAUAAUAACGUCACAAAUUAGUAUUCUUCCGUCCGCACCUCUUCAGCUUAUUGUUAAUAUCGGUUAUAAACGGCUGUCGAAAUCAGUGAGGCAAAUUGGCGUUUGCCACCACUUGAUUUGGUCAGACAAUUUAAUCAGAUUGGUGAAAAAAUGUUCCCGUCUGGACUGGCAUUACUCGAUACAAACAGUUUGCGUAAAUGUGGACUUGCGCAACCUUCAUGCACCAUGCGCAAGCCACGUAUAAUGCGUUUUGGAACGUACUCUUUAUUGACAGUUCAAAAGUGUAUCAUGUUUUGUUAUCUGUGGCACUCUGGAUUUCAAGUGUUGAGCAGUGUUGAGUUGUUGAAACUUCGAUUUUUUACUAUUCGGAAAAAUACAAAUAUCAAACCGUGAUCGGGAAAAGGAUUCGUUAAUAUGUUUUGCUGCUCAGCAAAAAUGAAGUUCGAAAAGUUGCGAACUUAAAAGGGAGGUAGCUCUGUCUAGAAAAAAUAUCUAAAAUAAAGGUUGUAUAUUUUGUAAAAUGUCGAGUAACUCUUUAUUGUUUUCUCUUAAUAAUGAGGGCAAAGUGUAUGCAUUACCUACAAGUGGAUCGUGUUGGAGGGAAUUCAUGUACCUCGGUUUGGAAUUUAAAACUUUAUCAGCUGUGCCACAUUUCCUUUGGGCAGUAGGAGGGGACCGGCAAAUCUACCUCCACGUUCAUGGAUUAGAAAUCCCCAUCAGGGUACAAGAGGAGUCCUACGAAAAUGAACGUUGGCUGCCACUAGAAGGGUUCAGUGGAAGACUCCUGCCAACUGAUAGGUAUCACUUUUCUUCUCAAGAUGGCACUCAAGAUAGAGCUAUACAACGCAUCAGAUUACCCUCCAUGGCUUGGCAAUGGGAAGGAGAAUGGCAACUCGAACUUACAUUAGAUGGACACCCUUUAGACCAUGAUGGAUGGACCUAUGCAGUUGACUUCCCAGCCCAGUUCGGGCCCUCUAAGCAGUGGAAGUCAUGUGUCAGGAGAAGAAAAUGGAUCAGGUAUAGAAAGUUUAGUGCUAUGAACUCCUGGUGUGCCAUAGCACCCCUUCACAAAGACCCCACUCAGGAACCAUUUAUUGAUGUUAGCAUUGGAGGAAAUCAAGUACCAUUUGCAGGGCCAGGUAUGCUGGCAGUGUGGGCAAUUACUGCUCAUGGGCGAGUCAUGUACAGAGCUGGCGUAAGUACCACAUCCCCUGAGGGCUUGAAGUGGACUAAUAUUAGCAUUCCACCUAAUUGUGAUAUUAAACAAAUAUCUGUAGGAGCUACAGGUCUAGUAUGGGCUCUGCUGUGGACGGGCCGAGCCAUAGUAAGAAAGGGUAUAACAAAAGACUCACCUACUGGAGAAGGUUGGUUAGAAGUGAAGUCACCCAGUGAAACGAAGCUCACUGUUAUCUCUGUGGGAUAUAAUGCUGUUUGGGCUGUGAGUUCUGACAAUAAAGUUUGGUUUAGAAAGGGUGUAGAAGGCAACACUGCUGGCACUUCUGAAAUAUCUGCAAUGGGCACUGGCUGGUUAGAAAUCACAGGAAACAUGACUCAUGUGUCAGUGGGAGUGAAUGAUCAGGUGUUUGCUAUAGGAGAGUCAGACAAGAGCAUAUAUUGGCGAAGUGGAAUUACGCCUGCAGAAUUAACUGGAAAGAGAUGGAGAAUGGUACAAGCGAAUAUGCAACUAAGUCGAACAUCAAGUUCUGCAAGCAUGGUUUCAUCAGCAUCUAACAAUGCAAAGCACCAUAGUUUGACCAUGCUGAAUGAAACUACUCAACUAAAGUCCCAUAUUAAUAUUCACAAUUCUUGGGAAGAAUCCCAUUCGGCACCAAUAGAGCAUACACUGCCAAUAAAACCACCCAAGGAACACAUUUCCAAAAAGACUACAACAGCUACAGAUAUUGAUUUAACAGGUAAAAGCUAUGAAACAACUUUGAAAAAUCCUCGAGCUUGGAGUCCAGUACGGAGUGUGGGCUCAGUGGUGGGGAUGGAAGCCCAGCCAGACAGUGACAGUAGUGUGUUUGAUGUUGACUCUGGCAUGUAUUUUGAUGAGGAAGUUAGUCAGACUGCAUGGGGAACAUGUGACACAAAUUGGACUUUUGUUGAGGCUGGUGCUUGCUGCAUUGAUCCUGUACAAGUGCCACAUUGGUUUACAGAUUGCCAAAAUUCACUUAAUUCAGACUUGACUGCUAAUUGGCGUAUCCAGAUACUAGAUUGUUUAAAAAAUAGAAAUAAUCAAGAUCUUGACUUAUCGGACUAUGGCAUAGCUAUUGAUGAGAAGGGCUGGACUCGCAGUUGUGAAGCUAGAUUAAUCACUGCUAAUAAAGCUGGAGAGGAUUGUAUUCUUUCACUGUACUGGCAUGCUUUAGAAAAUACGGGGACAUUAUCAGUGUUCAAGCCUGAUGGUACAAUUAAAUUUAUUUUAAACCUGGGUGAAGUGACAAGUGUUAUGUCAGCCUCUGAACCAGGAAGUCCGAGAUUAGCCUUAACAGUACCGCGUCAAAAUAAAGAGGCUAUUAAAAUACAGUUCAUGACAGAAAUGGAACAAGAAGAAUGGCUAAAUGUACUGGUGGAUAUCACGUCCCAAAUAAAUGGACUCUCUGGCAAACCGUCUGCAAGUUCUGUGUGGGCUGUUACUAGUUCUGGUGACAUACUGAACUGGGAUCCCAUGCCCUCCCAACAAAACACUGAAAACAAAGGGUCUUAUAGCAAGGAAUACCAACUUAUAGGAAAAAAUAUAGUGCCAGGAUUUGUUACAACUUUGGACAACAAUUUCCCACCAGGCACCUCUCUCAAAAUUGUUGGCAGCUUAUUUGAUGAAGUCGGCCGCUUCCAUGUAAAUUUACAAGGUCCAGAGGUAAAAAAACAGAGGCAUAAAAUCGAAACUGAAGUAACUGAAGUUCACUUUCAUUUUAAUGUUAGAUUUGAUGAGAAUACAGUUGUAUGCAACACAAAAACAUCUGGUAACUGGGGUCUGGAAGAGCGUUAUGAUUUACCUCUAUCUCCUGGUCAAGAAUUUACAAUAAACAUUACUUGUAUUAGAGAGGGCUUCAAGGUUUUUGUUAAUGAAAAGAAAGUUUGUUUCUAUAGGCACAGGUUAACUCCAGAUAGCAUAACAUCAGCAUUCAUUUUAGGCCCUAUGAAACUGUAUACAAUGGAAUACACCUCUACAAGUCCAAUUAUAGGUCCAGAUGAAAUGUAUUGGCGGAUGAUGGGAGGAUACCUAAGAAGGAUAGAGAGUAGUCAAAAUGGAAUCGUUUGGGGAAUAACACACGACCACAGAGUUUGGGUCUACACUGGAGGAUGGGGUGGAGGUAUUUUGAAAGGAAUAGGCAGCAAUGAUGGCAUCAACUCAAUGAAUGAUACUCAAACAUACUGCAUAUACGAGAACCAGCGUUGGAACCCCUUAACUGGCUACACAUCAGUUGGCUUGCCCACAGACCGCUACAUGUGGAGUGACAUUACUGGGAAACAUAAGAGAACAAGAGAACACACAAAGUUGUUGGGUCGCCAUUGGCACUGGAUAUCAGAAUGGAUGGUGGACUACAAUACGCCAGGAGGCGUGGACAGCGACGGCUGGCAGUACGCGACCGACUUCCCAGCGCCAUACCAUGGAAAGAAGAUAUUCACGGAUUGUGUUCGGCGCCGGCGGUGGUACAGGAAAGCCCAGAUCAUAACUGAGGGCCCGUGGGUCCGAGCUGGGAGUACCCCGCUGCUGGACAUAUCUUUAUGGAAUGAAGGUGACACAACUGCAGUGUGGGCCGUCACACUAGGUGGAGAUGCGAUAUACCGGACCGGAGUCACAGUCACAACUCCCGCGGGUACCCACUGGGAACACAUUAGCAAUCCACAAUCAUUAAUCGCAAUAAGCACGAGUCGGGGAGUUGUCUGGGCCGUAGGCCGAAAAGGAGAACUUUACUAUAGGGAAGGCGUCUCCACCGACAAUCCUGCAGGUUCCAGCUGGAAGUUGAUAGAAGCGCCUAAAUGCACUAUUGGAUUUUCGCACAAGGCGAAAGUUACUGCGAAGUCAGUUUCGUUGUGUAAUGGAGCGGCCUGGGUCAUACUAACUAACGGUGUAGUGGUUGUCCGAACGGGCAUAACCAACACCUGCCAGGAGGGAACGCACUGGAAAUAUCUGACAGUUCCAUUUACGGACGACAAGAGCAUGCAUACGGUAAAAGCUUUAUCACUGCAUCGAUUAAUAAUGCAAUUGUUUGAUAACGAGAUGACGUUCAAGCAAGUGUCGAGCGGAGAGCAAGGCGUGUGGGGAGUGGACAGCGACGGGGUGCUCCGGCGCCGGCGCGGGCUGGCGGGCGCGGGCGCCGGCGCGGGCGCGGCGUGGCGGCGCGCGCUGUCCGGCGGCGGCGCGCUGCUGCACGUCUCGGCCCGGGGCCGCCCGCUUUAAAUAUACUCCUACCUUGUUUCAUAUUGCUCAUGUAAGGCCGCCUUUACACCUGUGAGUUACUUUCGUAAUAUUUAUGUAACGUACUUACGGUUGCAUUUACACUUAAACUUACAGUAAAAAAUGCUUACGUAAAUUUUGUGAGUUUAAACUUGCAUAAAUUAUUACACGCCCAUUUACGUAUGCUUACUAAAUCAUAAAAUCAGUAAUAAAAAUGUCUACUCAUAGUCGCCACGUACAAGCGCUUGCUGCAUAUAUAGUUUUAUACAACAAAAGGCGAAAGCAAAAGAAUGCUGAAAGUAAAUGCUGGGUAAAACCUUGGCUAGAAAUAAGAAUGGCACGAGGUGCGUUUGAAAAUCUUUUGAAGGAGUUGAGAAUGGAAGACCGAGCCCAAUUUUUCAAAUUUAUAAGAAUGAAUGCUACAAGUUUUGAAUAUAUUUUGGAAAAAGUUGCACCAAUCAUUAAAAAAAACACACAUACACAUUUUCGACAGGGAAUUUCACCACCUGAGAGACCUGUAAGUUAUGAACUUAUUAAUUUAGUUUGAUAAGCUGUGAGUCGCUUCCGUAAACAAACACGAACGUGUUUAGACUUGUAAUUUCUCAAUUUACGAAAGUAGUAAAAAAUUACAAUAAGCUACUUACAACAAGUGUUAACACUUGAAAAUUUAUCGUAAGAGACUUACGUAAGUGAAACUUACAGGUGUAAAGGCGGCCUAAAAACAUGUACCAAAGCUUUACCAAGGGCCAGUUGCACCAACCACAGUUGACGGACUGAUCAAUGUCAGUCAGCAGUGAACUUUAAAACUUCCCAUACGAACGCUAACCAUCGGUUAGGUGCAACUGACUAAGUUGUGGCCGAUUUUAUCAACUUGUCGAUGAAACGAAGAAAUUUGUUACUUAAAUAUUUGUACCAAAGAAACAAAUAAUAUGCUAAAGAGAGUGAGUAUUAAGUACAAUGAAACUUCCAUACUACUGCUACCCCCCGCUUUAUAAUUAUGGACUAUUUUGUAUGACUUUAAAUUUAUCCGAAUUCAUGUCUUUCGCAGUCUAUAGUCGGAAAAAUAGGCCUGUGUCCCAUGCGUUCCUAUAAGGAUCUCUAAAAAAAUACUUGUGAUAUAAAUCUUCCACGUUAGACUGCAGCUAAAAGGCUUUUAUUUAUUAUGCUCAUAUUGUAUUAAAUUUAUGUACGCCCCAAGGCUUUUAAGGUAAGCGAUUAUUAUAUAAUUAUAAUUAGAAAAAAUAUCCCAAUGAACUUAAAACUGUUUUUGACUGAAUAUACCUAUUCGAAUUCAGUAUAUUAUAGAUUAAUCGAAUCCUGCAGUAUUCUGAAAUGGUCACUUCGCACACAAAGCAUAACAAUAGAAUUGUACGUAUGUUGUUUUGAGAUAUAAAUUUUUUGACGCCAGUGAUAUUAUGAGUGUAAAAUGUAUUUCUAGUCAUUAAGGAAAUUGUUAGAUACGUUAAGCUCUCAUUGUAAUUUUAAAUAUAAGCUUGAGCAGAACCAUAAUAUAAAAUAUGCAUUUUACAA